AUGAACCAGAUUACAGCAGCGCCACCAGCAGCUUCAGUGGCAACAGCUGUUCCUACGGCAAAGGAAGACACGAUUGCAGUCCAUGCGGGUGAGAACGCGCUGGACUGGAGCGACUCGGGCGACAAUAAUUCACACGAGGACGAGUACGUGCCACCACCACAAGGACCAUCACUCUCCUAUGAGCGUAAAAUUCGUCUUCAUAAGUACGCAGAGAACCGUGCACGAUCGUGUCUUGGAUUACUAGCGGAUUCGAGCAAUGCGCUCUGGAAGGUCUAUGAAUGCAAGAACGAUAUUGGUGUGUACAAACCGAGCUCAGAUUGGUCGGAAUCCGUGUCUGCAAAGGCAGUGGUCUUUGCUAAUGCGGCCUUCCCAAACGUACUUAAAACGAUCUACGAUCUCAAGACGUCGGACAAGUUUAAGCUCUUUAUGCGAAAAAUACUGGGUGAUAUUUUCCUGGAUGCUGAAGUGCUGGAAGAUCUUAAUGGUACUGGUGUUUAUCCAAGUGCAAAUCCACCACGAGAUGCUCGUGAAAUGUACAAACAGGCAGCUAUCAAGUGGUGGGCUAUCAAGUCGGGAUCUUUGGCGAGCAAAUCCUCAGAUUUUUACGUACUGGAGUAUAUCGGUAUUGAGACUUCGGGAGGGGACAUUGUUGCAUGUUAUAUCUUUCAAGAGUCACUGGCAGAGGUGGGCGGCAUGCCGCACAUUCAAGGUAACAACCUGGAACGCUCUCAGUUCGAUGCCUUGAUCUGCAAGUUUGAACGCACGUCCUCACCGGACUACAAGGAUGAUUUUGUCACGAUUUCUAUCGCGUUCCAGCGUCCACCACCUUUAGUGAGCCUUUUCCGCAGCAACCCUGCAGUUGAGAUGGUCACACAACUUGCUCGCGGAUUACGAGAUUUACUUGAGGACCCGCCAGAGCUCCAAGAAAUAUCUGUCGUCAAGACGUCCGCCUGGGUGAAAGACAAAGAACGCCGUUUCUGCGUGCUGUGCAAUCGGCGCUUUUCGCCAAUCUUUCGUCGGCGCCAUCACUGCCGUACAUGCGGAGAAGUGAUAUGCUGGUCGUGUAGCAGCACUAUACGGGUGCCCUCGAUUAGUUUUACGCACAAUGACACAGGUAAGCAGGUGCUAUCUCGCCACCAACCGAGUAUUCGCGUAUGCAGCAAGUGUGUGGUAUCCCACCACCGGUCAAAGAGUGGUAGAGAAUUAAACAACCAAGAGGAUUUUAAGGACUGGAUUCAACGUAGCACCGAGCAGCAACAACUUGCUACGGCUGGUGAAACAGGAAAUGCCCAGCAACUUCGCCUACCCAGCCCUUCGCACUCGCAGGACCUGGCGGGGGCGCUAGAAGCCCCACGUGAUAAACUGGAGCAAAUUUCGGUUGCCAAGGAGGAGAGAAUGCCUCGUAAGUAUCGACGCAUCAGUUUAGACAAUGACGAGGAGGAAAAGGAGGAUGAAAACGACUGUCCUCAUCAGUAUCGCGAGCUUCCGGAUAUCCUGGACGAGAGGGAGCGGCGAGAUUCAAACCUGCGGACAUCACGGAAGAUUUCUCGUGGAAAGCAGCAGCAAAGUAAUCUGCAGUUGCCUCAGCGCCACAGCUACGGCGAGCAGGCGGCUCGUGGCUCGAAGCAUAUGCGUCAGGUGCGUCGAUCGCAUUCGGAAGUCAGUAUUGAGCGGGCAAAUAGCCACGGGCGAGAUUGUCGAGUAAAUAUGGUCAAACCAAUUGCCAAGAAAGCAUCAGGCAGAGGACGUCCUACCAAGACUAGUCGUCGUGGCCCCUCCCCUGACCCUGUGCGACGAUUGGUUCCACCAAGUCGAAAAAACCAGGUAGAAGUAGAGCGGCGAUCGAGUUCGAUGGAGAGACUUCCGGUACAGAACAGCAGCAGCUACGUUCAUGCCGCUUCGGCGUGGACGACAAACAAAACAGAAGUUCUCGCCAUGACUGGAGCUUUUCAGGAAUUGAUGACAAAACUUGGCGGUGAUGUCCAUUUCGUGGUCGUUGGUUUUUCUACUGGAUUUAGCGCUGAAGUGAUCGUUAACUUGCUUUGGCAAUUAGCUCCCGGGGUGCCCUACAUUGGCGGAACGAUCGCACGUGGCAUGUGUGAUGAAAAUGCGUGGGUUUCUGUAAACCGACACAACGACGAAGGUCUUGUUACAUUGUGGGGUGUAAAUGAUCCUCACGGAAUUUACUCUGUCGUCCACGCAGAGUACUCGCAGAUCGAUGCGCAUGAGAAGACAUAUACUGCAACUAAAACUGCGUUUGACCGUUUAGCAGGAGAUGUUGAUGCUGGUGAAAAGCCGGCAUUCAUCGCGACGUACGCGUGCCCGCUCUUUGUGGAGCUCGCAAUCGACGGAAUUCGCGAGGCUAUUCAGUGCCCGAUCAUUGGUGGCUGUUCUUCAGACGCCACUAGACAUGGAGAGGGUGAAGUAUCGGUAUCUUGGAUUCAAAUCAGCAGCAGCAGUAGCUCUGAUUACACAAAGAGUGUUCGUGAUGGUCGGGGUGACUGGACUGAGAUGGGUAUCGCGUUUGCGCUGUGUUUUCCGAGUGUAGAAACGUACGUGAGUUGGUUCAGCGGAUACAGCCCCGUUGGGGUUAAUAGUGAAUACUGCAUGGGAACUGUGACAAAGGCGGUGAACAAAACUAUCUACGAGAUUGACUGUAAGCCGGCGGCAGAGGUCUAUCAAGAGUGGCUUGACGUGGCAUCUGACAAGAGCCAAACGGAGCUCUCUUCGAUUGGGUUUCCUCGACUGGGCAGUCUACAUCCAUUGGGCACUACUGUCGACUUCGUUUCAAAUCAAAUGGAGAUCGACCGCAGUAUUGACGUCAACUCCUCUUCCUCGUUGUGCUCAAUGCAGUCAAGCGAUUGGUCUAAGCUCAUCAACAUGACUGCAGUGAUCACCGGCAUAAACGAGGAUGGGUCAUUGAGCACGACGAGUUCAGUUACGUGUGGCACAAACGUUGUGCUGAUGGAGACGUCCGCGCAUUCUUUGAAGACUGCCAUUAACAAGAUGGGUGCACAAGCCGUGGAAAGUAACAAGUUUUACAUCCACGAGACGAUCGGUUGUCUGAUGUUCCUGUCUGCCGGUGUGCAGGCUCUAUUGGGUCACAAGAGCAUGGCUGAGAUGGUUGGUGCGUAUAAGGAAUGGUCGGGUGGCGCGUCGUUGAUGGGCAUGACGACGUUUGGUGAGAUUGGACAUCUCCCGAAUUCCAAUGACGUUCCUCACUACGACUCGCUCAUGUUUGGUGCCAUUAUUUUCUCCAAGCGCAAACGAAAAGAGUAUCUCUACUUUUAA